AUCAGGUGUUGGCCUUCUCUGGGACGUCUGCGGCGGCCUAGCUGGCCGGCGGCGUGAAAGCAGCGAGCCCAACCUCCCCGUUUUGGGCGCCGGCUUUGUUUCUGGAAAAGCCACCCGGGACCGGCGACUCCCGCCAGGAGGUUGAUCCCUCAGGGGCGACUCGAGCCGGUUGCCACCAAAAGCCCCGCGCUUUCCCAUUGACGCGCAUCGCCAGGUGACUCAAACCUACGUCACCCGCAGCCAGCCAAAAGACGGUCUCCUUUCCUUGGGAAAGAGGAGCAGCCAGCGACACUCGGCAGCCGCUCGAUGCUCUCUUGCAAGCCGCUCGACCUGGGAGCGUCGUCCACGGAGGGCUGGAGGUGCACCUGCUGCGAGGGAGCACUUUUCUGCGGCAGCGGGCAGCCAAGCCCUCCGCGCUGAGGAGGGGCGAAGAGAGGCCGGAGCAGCCAGCCAGCAGGCGCCGCAAGAGCGGAGCGCGGCUCGGUGCAAGCGCAGCGCGGCGACUUGGGGAGAGCGAGUGCGUCAGAGCGCGCGGCUUUGCAUGCCAAUCUGCGAACCUCGAGCUCUGGGCGGCUUCUGUGCAAGGAGUUGCGAGGGUCCCGCUUCACCAACUCAGCCCAUCCUUCUUCCUGCGCCCCGCUCGGAGGAACUCCUUGCUGGCCGGUCGGCGAGCCUCAGCAGCUGGCCGCCACGGAGGGCCCACAGAUGAUCAAGAUCUGAGGGCUGGUCUCCAAAGGUAGUGCCUGCCCUUACAGCUACCAUCUUGCUCCCACGAAUCCUUUCCUAAAGUCGGAGUGACUGAACCAGAUCAUCUCGAUGCCUAAGAACAGCAAAGUGACACAGCGGGAACACAGUAAUGAGCCUGUCACAGAAUCAGUGGCUGACUUACUGGCUCUUGAGGAGCCCGUGGACUACAGAAACAGCAUCUUAAAUGUGGCUGCAGAAAACUGGAACAAGCAGCAGGAUGGAGAGGCAGUGGGCGAGGACAGGCCAGCAUGGAACAGCAAACUGCAGUACAUUCUGGCUCAGAUUGGCUACUCUGUGGGGCUGGGGAACGUCUGGCGGUUUCCAUAUUUGUGUCAAAAGAAUGGUGGAGGUGCUUAUCUUGUCCCAUAUCUGGUACUACUUAUCCUAAUUGGAAUUCCACUCUUCUUCCUGGAGUUGGCUGUGGGCCAGAGGAUUCGCCGGGGCAGUAUAGGAGUUUGGAAUUAUGUCUGCCCCCGGUUAGGAGGCAUUGGAUUUGCCAGUUGCCUUGUCUGCUUGUUUGUUGGACUUUAUUACAAUGUGAUCAUAGGAUGGAGCAUCUUUUACUUUUUUAAAUCCUUCCAGUACCCUCUGCCUUGGAGUGAGUGCCCCAUCUUAAAAAAUGGCACAGUAGCAGUGGUGGAACCAGAAUGUGAAAAAAGCUCUGCUACUACCUUCUUCUGGUACCGUGAAGCCCUGGAUAUUUCCGACUCCAUUUCAGAGAGUGGUGGGCUCAACUGGAGAAUGACUGUAUGCCUGUUGGCAGCUUGGAGCAUUGUGUGCUUGGCCAUGAUAAAAGGAAUCCAGUCUUCAGGGAAGGUGAUGUAUUUCAGCUCCCUCUUUCCUUAUGUGGUGCUGAUUUGCUUCCUGGUCCGAGGACUGCUGUUGAGGGGAGCAAUAGAUGGCAUCCUGCACAUGCUCACUCCCAAGCUUGAUAAAAUGCUGGAUAUCCAGGUGUGGCGAGAAGCAGCCACUCAGGUCUUCUUUGCCCUUGGACUGGGCUUUGGUGGAGUUAUUGCUUUCUCCAGUUACAACAAACAGGACAAUAACUGCCACUUUGAUGCAGCCCUGGUCUCCUUCAUCAAUUUCUUCACCUCCAUCUUGGCCACACUAGUAGUCUUUGCUGUGCUGGGCUUCAAAGCCAACGUCAUGAAUGAGAAGUGUGUGAUUGAGAAUGCUGAGAAGAUCCUGGGUUAUCUGAACGCCAAAAUCCUGAGCCAUGAACUUAUUCCACCCCAAGUGAACUUCUCCCAUCUCACGGCCAAGGACUACAGUGAGAUGUAUGAUGUGAUCAAGAUGGUAAAGACAGAUCACUUCCAGGAGCUGGGACUGGAUCCCUGUUUACUGGAAGAUGAGCUUGACAAGUCAGUGCAGGGAACUGGCCUCGCGUUCAUAGCUUUCACGGAAGCAAUGACCCACUUCCCAGCAUCUCCUUUCUGGUCAGUCAUGUUCUUCCUGAUGUUGAUAAAUCUGGGUUUGGGAAGCAUGAUUGGGACCAUGGCUGGCAUCACCACACCUAUCAUUGACAUGUUCAAAGUACGGAAGGAAGCAUUAACAGUUGGCUGUUGCAUCUUUGCUUUCCUUGUGGGGCUGAUCUUUGUGCAGCGUUCAGGCAACUACUUCGUCAACAUGUUUGAUGAUUACUCGGCGACCCUGCCGCUCACUCUUGUGGUGAUCCUGGAGAACAUUGCUGUGGCUUGGAUUUAUGGUACCAAGAAAUUCAUGCAAGAAUUAACAGAAAUGCUGGGUUUUCGACCUUACCGGUUCUACUUCUACACAUGGAAGUAUAUCUCUCCCAUCUGCAUGGCUGGCCUAAUGACAGCCAGCAUAAUCCAGCUAGCAGUCAGUCCCCCAGGUUACAAUGCCUGGAUCAGAGAAGAGGCUGCAGAGAAAUAUCUCUAUUACCCAAAGUGGGCUAUGGGCAUCCUUGUUUCGCUGAUCAUCCUGGCCACCCUUCCUCUUCCUGUAAUCUUCAUCCUCCGUCAGUUCCACCUGGUGUCCGACGGUUCCAAUGCUCUGUCUGUCACAUACAAGAAGGGACGUAUGAUGAAGGACAUCUCCAACUUGGAAGACAAUGAUGAGACACGUUUCAUCUUGAGCAAAGUACCCAGCGAGACCCCUUCCCCAAUGCCUACGCAUCGGUCUUAUCUGGGCCCAGGGAACACAUCCCCUAUGGAGAUGAGCAGUGUUGCCAAUGGGCGCUAUAGCAGUGGGUACCUCAUGGCCACCACCCCUGAAUCUGAACUGUGACAGUCCACAAGCAACACUCUCUUACUUCCCAGGUGAAGGAGAGGAGGUCACAGAGAAGGAACCUGUGCUUUAGAAACCCUUCCCAGCAUUUGCAGCUGCCAUGAGCCAGGUGACGUCAGGGGAGUUUAAAGGUGGGAUAGGGCCUUCCUGCUGGCAAUUUCCAGAUAAAAUACCAGAUCCCUUCUCAGUGAAUAACAGUAAUAAGACAUUGCAAUAAAUUUUAUGGGCAUAGGGAAAGUUUUUAGCCAAUUGAUCCUGAACAAUAUUACUCAUGUUCAAGCAAUCGGAGAUUGGAAAAGGGAGUCAGAUUAGGGCAGCAGCCAAAGCAAAGGUUUCAUGUCUCCUGGAGCUCUCUGCUUGUCCUUCUUCCUUUUUCUCUAGCUGGGAGAAGAGAUUGCCUCAUUCCACUGAGUAUACCUAGCCACCACUAUUCAUAGCACCAUAAAGAUUAAUGUCUUGACAUGGAUACUAGCAGACCACUUGUGGUUUUACACGCUGAUAAUAUCCAAAAUGCACAUCCUUGGUGAAGACUUUUUACAAGUCUGAGCCAAGAUAUAUUUGAUGUAGGCAGCACAUUUACAAGGCCUGGCUGUACCAUCACAUGAUAUCUGCCAUGGCAUUACUGAUGUUGGAUCAAAAACGUGUAAGGGUGGAGGGGAUCUUGUUUCAGUGAAGUUUGCAUUGGCACACUUCUUAAUGUUACUCACAGUGUUCCUCUACCCAAAGCUGGCCUGUGCAGUGGCACAGAUUCAGGAAUGUGCUAGGCAUGUAAGGUCAGGAUUUCAAAUCUGUCGCACCAGUGUCAGUUCUGAGCAUUCAUGGUGUCACUCCUGACAUCUUGUUCUUGGCUUUGACCUCAGACAUUUUAUCAGGUAUGCUAUAUGGAUGAAAACUCUUCCAAUAGCAACUGUUCUUUACAGGGACAUGGAGUCCAGGUCAGGGUCUUCCCACAUAUAAAUUUAUGGGGUAUUAAAAGCACUGUUUAAAAAAAAAAAUCCAGUGUGCAGGCCACACAUCUUCAUUCAAGGUAGCACAAGUGUGUAGGAUCUAUCACAAUAUUGGAACAAUGUGCUUAAUUUCUGAGGAAAUGUAAUGCUUCAUUCCGAUACAUUGCUGUUGUAAUUGCAGUGUGGAAUGUGAUUGUUUACAUGUCACAGUCACCUAUUGGAUAGAGCUGAUGCCAUUACAAAUGACAAAGACACCGUUCUUGUCUAUGCUCAGCCCUGUUCAGUUGGUGAUUCAGACGUGCUUUGCCUUUUUCUUUUUAAAAUUAUAUUAUUAUUGGGCAGCAUCCAGACUAAGUGAGUCACAACUAAAUCCAUUGAAAUUAAUGGGACUCAGAUUAGUCAUGACUAACAUGUCUCAUUGAUUUCAGUGGUGCUUACUCACGACUAACUAGUCUGGAUGCUUCCUAUUUUUUUAUUUUAUUUUAGCUACUUGGAACAUGUGCACUUCUCUGCUGCACAAAUCAUGUGGCUCAUGUAGUGAGAGUCUUUUAAAAGUUGUUCAGAUGUGCCACAUAAUGUUUGAACCUUCAAGUGGUGAAUAUAAGACCUAUUCCCUUCCCUUUCUCCCACCACAAAAAGGAGGAUAUAUGCAAAGGAACCUUGUGCUGUUGCUGCUGCAAGAUCACUGGUGGAAUCAUUAUGUGGUGGCUAACUUGUAAACAGUGUGUGCUUUAAGUGCUCGUGCAGAGAGAGUGGGGUGCAAAAGUUGAGGUGAUUGGAUAUGACUGGGUACUCCCAGCAGAAAGACGCAUGGCCAAAACUUCCCUUGGUUUUCCCCACUGGGGAGUCUUAUUCUCAGCCUCGGGAACAGAAGUUCCCAGAGUUCAGUGGCCUUAAGUUAGGCCUUAAUGCCUGACUCAGGAAGUGCAGCUUGCAGCAAGCACCAAUGCUGGUUCCAGAAUUAGGACUGGUCCCUUCUUGCAACCAGCAACCCUGUGGAAGUCACUUUAUAUCACUUCCCACAGAGGCUGCCUCCUUGUGGCAAGCUACUUGGGCACAGAAGCUGGCCAUAACACAGACUGAGGGAUGUUCUCCAAACCAGGGAUUCUCAACGUUGGAUCCCCGGAUGUUUUUGGACUUCAACUCCCAUAAUCCCCAGUCCCAGUGGCCUUUUGUUGGGGAUUAUGGGAGUUGAAGUCCAAAAACAUCUGAGGACCCAAUGUUGAGAAUCCCUGCUCCAAACCACUGGAGACUUAAAAAAAAAAAAGAAUUAAAAUCAUCAUCAGCAUCAAAAGUCUUCGUGUAGUGCAAGAAAAACCUCCCAGAGAGAGUCAUUGCACAUGAACAAUUUGCUGCACUGCCAAAGAAUGUUGUUUAAAACCGCUGCAUGGCAGCCUUUUCCUGUGUACCUGACCUGACCUGAGCACCUUGUCUUGUGUCUGUAAUCUCUUGGUGUUCUUCCUGUUAGCAAUGGAUACUAUUUGCAGAGUCUCAGCACUUCCCCUUAGCUUGCAGUCUAUGACACUUCCUAGAUCCUAUUGGAGGAAGGGAAUUCCUCAUUUCAGUUGGAAAGACAUUUAUGCCAGCACAUGCUUUGGCUUGACUUACCUUACCUUCAUUAGAUAUGCAAGGUCUUCUCCCCAGUUUCUGCUUUUGUCUUCAGGUUGUAUCAUUCUCUGUCUUUAAAGGCUCUGAAACUCUCUUGCAGCUUCCCUUCAUUCCACUGGCCUCUUCUGGACUAUUUGAUUUGUCUCUGACUUGCUUUGAACAGCAUUUUGGUCCCUUUGAACAGGACCUUAGGUGCUGAGAAACUGUGAUACAAACCCUUUGCCCUUCAGGAAAGGUUAUUGCACAUGCCUUUGAACCCAUUUUGCAAAAAUUAACUAUCAAGUCCUUUGCAAGUGGGAAAAUAGAGAUACAAGUUGUUGUGUCAGUGUGUGAAUCAGCAACAGAACUGAGAGUGGAAGCCUAGGUUUCUACCACAGGCCUUUAUCUUUAUCCAUGUGGUUUAAGGACAGUAAUACAGCUGCCAAGAGAACUUCCUUUGAAAUCCUUUAUCAAAAUACAGUAAUAGUUUCCGUGCCAGUAGCCCACAGACCAGAUUAUCUUUAUUCUCUCAUUGUGGAGCUCAUUCAAAAAGGGGUGAGGGGCUGUAGGAAGAACAUUGGGCACAGUAAUCUGAAGCAGGACAUUCUAUUGUCCGGAUUCAUAGAUGUCCUGGGUUCUUAAAACAAAGAACCUUUUAAAAGAGGGUUAACUGAUUAUUUGGACAGAAUAGCCAGGCUGAGAAAUAGCAUCACUGUGACAUCACCAGAGUAUGCACAUUAGUAGCUCACAACAUUUUACAAUUCCUCUUUUUAUUCUCUCUGACAACUCAGCUUUUCAUUUGGCUUCAGGCUGGCCAAGUGCUAUUAAAUACUUAUGCUUAGUUACUGUUAAGUGUCUCCAUUUCACAUACUGGAUUAUUUAAAUGAGUCCAUUUGCCACAGACAAACAAUGCAGUCUAAACACAGGGAGGGUGCUUGCAUACAUAUACAAAUGGUCAAUCGAUCCUCUUUUUGUAUUUCGGACACCUGUAUUGUCCUUGUUCCAUAUGCAUAACCUAUCACAGAGCAACAUAUUGCAAAUAACCCUCACAGAGGCAGUUAUUUGACAUAAAAGACACAAAAUAAGACAUACUCUGUCACAGUACUGGAAUGGCUAAAGAUCAGAAAUAAGUUGGGUGUUCUGCUGGUAUGUGAACCAAGAUAGCUCUAUUGGUAUGAAUGAAUUUGAAGGACUGCUACCUACUGGCAGUUUGAUUCAGUGGGUGAUUAAAUCUAGCAUUUGCCUAACUGACCAAGUGCGUGCCAGUGGGUGGCACUGUUUUACUAUGUCCAACCUAAAGGCUGGUCUACAUAUUCAAGCCGUGCUUAUUUUCUUCAUGUAGUGUAUGGUUAUAUGAUGUAAUGAAACAAUGUGAAUCAGGCCAUACAUAGAUACAGAUGCAGCCAUUUCCACAACCGAGGUGGCACUUUUCCAAGGCUCUGUGUCAGAUCAUGGGGAUUGAGGCUUUCUCCAUAUAUCUCCUGUUUCACACAAAUGUUUCUCAUAAGAACAUAGUCAGACUAUUGGUCCAUCUAGCUCAGUAUUGUCUCAGGCCUGCUCAACUUAGGCCUCACAGCUGUUUUUGAACUACAACUCCCAUAAUCCUCAACCACAGUGGUCAAUAGCCAGGAAUUAUGGGAGUUGUAGGCCAACAUCUGCAGGAGGGUCAAAGUUGAGCAGCCCCGGCAGAGGCUUCUCCUGGGUUUCAGGCACAAGUCUUUCCCAGCCCUACAUGGAAAUACCAGGGAUUCAACCUGGGACUCUCUGCAUGCAAGGCAGUUGCUCUGCUACUGAGCUACAGCCCCGUCCCCAAUUCUCCAUGUAACUAAGUAUCUCUGUAUGCAGUCAUAUGGAGAAAAUGUGAGGAGCUUGGAUGUCUGUAUGUUUUUUUAAAAAAAAUUGUUAAAUUUAUAUACUGCCUUUCAUUAAAAACAAUCUCAAGGCAGUUUACAAAAGUUAAAAACAUACAAUAAAAAUGACAAUAAAAAUAUUAAGCUAAAAAUAUAAAACCAAUCUAAUUUAAAAUCUAUAAAAUACAAACAUAAAAACUAUAUGCAAGUAAAACACAUAGAAGCAGCAAUAAAAACAAUCAUGUAAAGGCCUGGAUAAAAAGCCAAGAUUUAACAAGCUUUCUAAAAACUGUGAUGGAGUCAGAGGAGCGAAUGGCCACUGGGAGAGCAUUCCAAAGUCUGGGGGCAGCAACAGAGAAGGCCCUGUCCCGAGUGCACGACAGCCAAGCCUCCCUCAUUGUCGGCACCCGGAGCAGAGCCCCCUCAGAUGACCUUGUCAAGCAGGCAGCAACUCUUGGGAGCAGGUGGUCCCUCAAGUACCCUGGGCCCAAACCGUUAAGGGCUUUAAAGGUCAAAACCAGCACCUUGAAUUGGACCUGAAAAUGAACUGGCAACCAGUGCAACUCUUUCAGAAUGGGUGUGAUGUGCUCCCACCGGGCAGCUCCAGAUAAAACCCUAGCUGCUGCAUUUUGCACUAGCUGUAGUUUCUGGAUAUUCUUCAAGGGCAGCCCCACUUAGAGCACGUUACAGUAAUCCAGCCGUGACGUGACUAAGGCAUGGGUAAAUGUGGCCAGAUCUGCCUUCUUGAGAAAGGGUUGCAGCUGGCGCACUAGCCAAAGCCGUGCAAAGGCACCCCUGGCCACCACCUCCACCUGAGCUUCCAAAAGCAGAGCUGGUUCCAGUAGUACCCCCAAGCUGCGUACUUGCUCCUUCAAGGGGAGUGCAACCCCAUCCAGAACUGAUAAAAUCUCCUCAUCCCGAUUGGCUCUCCUACUGACCAACAGUACCUCCGUCUUGUCUGGAUUCAAUUUCAGUUUAUUAGCUACAUCCAACCCAUCACGGCCUCGAGCCCCCGAUUCAGGACAUCCACCGCCUCCCUAGGAUCAGGUGACAAGGAGAGAUGGAGCUGAGUGUCAUCUGCAUAUUGCUGACAACUCAGUCUAAUUCCCCGGAUGACCUCUCCCAGCGGUUUCAUGUAGAUGUUAAACAGCAUGGGGGACAAGUCUGAACCCUGCGGGACCCCACAGGCCAAUGACCAUGGGGCCAAACAGGAGUCCCCCAGCACCACCUUCUGGACCCUCCCCCCAAGAAAGGACCGGAACCACUGCAAUGCAGUACCUCCGAUUCCCAUACUCAAGAGGUGGCCCAGAAGGAUACCAUGGUUGAUGGUAUCGAACGCCGCUGAGAGGUCCAGCAGAACCAACAGGGACGCUCUCCCCCUGUCUAGUUCCUGGUGUAGGUCAUCCACUAGAGCGACCAAAGCAGUCUCAGUCCCAUAUCCGAGGUGGAAGCCAGAUUGAAAAGGGUCCAGAUAAUCUGUAUCAUCCAAGACCCUCUGCAGCUGGGAUGCCACCACAGGCUCUAUCAUUAUGACAGAACAUGGCACAAAUCAUGUGUACAAAGCCAGUUCCUUCAUGUUGCUUCCGCCCUAAUGUAAAUACAUUACUAUUUCAAUGAAACUUAAUUUCAUUGAAACUUAUUUCCACCAUAUCAAGGAUCAGGGUGCUAUUGAAUUGUGAGGUGUCAACUGAUACGGUAUAACUGAUAUCCAUUACUGGAAUCUGAUGAUUACGAAGUGGCUCCUUCAGAUUCUAAAGGGUGGAUAUAUACAGGCACAACCUGGUAUUACAAUGGUUGGUCUCAGUGGAGUUUUGCUAUCUAACCGCAACUGAGGCUCUAGUUGACAUUUGGUUCUUAUCCCUGCUGACUUCCAUAUGUAUGGCUGGAAUUGAGAGAUCCAAGCAGAGGCUCCUUGGGCUUGGAAUCUGCGCAGUUAAAUGGAACAUUAUCCCUGGUAUACUGACCCUCUUGUGAAGCAGUUGUGAGGCUUGGCAUUUUAGACAAAUGAGAAUGCCUUGAGCUUGCUGCUUAUUGUUUGUGGUGGCAAAUUGGGAAUCUUGAAAGGGAAGGGAUUCAGCUGAAAGAAUUGCUGUCUGGAAGGUUUCUCUUUUUAUUUUCUCCUCCUCUUUCUGUAUUGCGCUCCCCCCGCCCCCUUUUCCUGCCUCCCUUUCCUGCCUCAGAAAUAAACUAUGGUGCUCAGGACCAGGAAGUAGCCAUGCUAGGCUAUUGGGAACCAUAGAUAUCUACUUCAGAAGAAGGUGAGCAUAGCAAAAUCACUCUCUUGAGGAAAUUCAUUAUGAGCUUCAUUACUCUUUCCCUAUCUAUGCCCCUUCCUCCUCCUCCUCUCUUCCAAGUACUUCUUUAGAACAAAGAUGGACAAUGGAGGGCUUCUAGAUCUGUACAGUAUAAGUGUCUUUCUGCUGGUGCUGAUUCUCAACUUCUGUACAUCGGCACAUCACUUAUGGAGUUCAUUGGGGUAGACAUAGGCUAAUGGCAAUCAAUGCACUGGAGUCAGUGGAUCAGAUCCUCAAAUGAAGCAGAUCCAUGUCAUGCUGCAAUAGAUCUUGGCCACCACCUAGUGGGACAUGCUUAUGAUUUUGCAGUGGGCCCAUUGCAUUUCCUUCUCUCAUCAUGUGGUGUAGUUCCAGUGGCAAUGGGAAGACAAAGAAACACUAUAUUAUGUAUAUACAGAGAAAAUAAUCUAGAGAUUCUAUUUCUAUUGUAUAUUUAUUCUGUAAAUGUUGGUGUAAAUUCUGUUAAUGACAGACAUAUUCCAAAGUGAUCCGUGAACUAUUUUCAUUCUCAGUGCUGUACAGAUCUAUUUUAUUGUAUCUUUGAUAUAUAUUUAUAAUUUUUUUAGUGUAUGAUUGGUGACCACACCCUGCUGAGCUGUCCACAAGGGGGGUGGGGGGGGAGCACAGAGGGGCACUGCCUUCAUUAUUUCUGUGGAACUAUAACAGUAUUACAUUGUGUCAUUUUGCUAGGUAUUAGACUUGGGAAGUGGUGGGAUUACAUAUUAGUUGCCUUGAGCAGUUGCUCCAUUGAGUCUGUGUGUGUGUCUGUGUUAAGGCUUGUAACUGACGUUGUAUUUAUGUUUGUUACAUUAGGGUUAGCUUUUCCUAUAAUCCAGUCACUUUCUAGGCCAUUCUGUAACUUCUGUUAUUAUGAUAUUCUCUGAUAGUGAGCAUGGCCUGGUUUCCUCAAAUUUAUGGCUUAUUCAGAUAGGGAUAAAACUGAUGCACUACAUGGUUUUGUGACCAUGCUCUGACUAUAUCUCAUAGCUUCAAGAAUGAGCCAAAAAUUAUGAUCACAUACUAAAGCAUUGAAAUAUAGAGAUGGCUGGGAAUAGACAGGGAGCUUCUGAAGUCAAAAUAGAAUUUCUACCUUGGCUUUUAGUGUAGGAAGGGUAUUGUGGCCUUUAUUCAUGGGAAAGCACCUGUUGAAUACUAGAUGUUGUUAUCAGAUGGGUCCAAGCUCUGCAAAAACAGCACAAUGGCUAACUGAUAAUGGACCAAUUGAAAGUAUUAUUAGAAAAUGCCCUAUCUGCUGUUGAGCUUCCUCCUUAUCUGAUACCUUAUCUGCCCACUUCAGAUAGGCUCUUCUAGCACAAACUACACAUCCAUGAAGCACAAAAUCCCAGAAGGGAAAAGCAACAUUCCAGUACUCCUCCCAGCAAUGCAGCCUACCUGGAUCAUAUCCCACAAUUAUUGUAUUUUCACUCUAAGUACCUGGGAGCUAGCCCAGAAUGCAAAAUGAAUCCAGUUGGUGGGGUACUUUUCCUUGACACACUUUCUAUAUUUUGGCUCAGUGGACAUGAUCAAAUCACAUCAGAUUUCCACCUUUGAUACAGCCACACAAUACUGAAAUGGUUAUCCUAUGGAGGAAUACCAGUCAUAACUCUGAUAAGCACACUUAACCUGUUUAUUAAGAGCCCCUGGUGGCACAGUGAUAAAACUGCCGCCCUGUAACCAGAAGGUUACAAGUUCGAUCCUGACCAGGGGCUCAAGGUUGACUCAGCCUUCCAUCCUUCCGAGGUCGGUAAAAUGAGUACCCAGAAUGUUGGGGGCAAUAUGCUAAAUCAUUGUAAACCGCUUAGAGAGCUUCGGCUAUAGAGCGGUAUAUAAAUGUAAGUGCUAUUGCUAUUAUUCUUAAUUCAGUGUGGCCAGCAGCCAAUACUGUAACUAGAUAAAUAGUACUGAUCAUAGAGGAGAUUUGUGCCCCAAUCCCGAGAAGUAAAUCCACACAUGGUAGCAGGCUUCCAUAGACUUCUCUGGAUCAGGAUCUGUGGGCUUAAAUGGAUGCACACUGAGAUGCUCAUCCAAAUGUGGAUGUUGUGUAUCUGCACCACAUUGCUUUUCAACUGGAUGUCUAUCCCCAUCCACAUGUGUUGCAACUAAGUACAAACAUGAGUGACAAGCUAGAUGGGGGUGAUAGGCUCCAAAGACAUUAUCUUGUUGUGAAAGUGGUUUGAAAGCAAGUCCUUCAAAUGUUAACCAUUGUAUCUUUGUUGAUUUAACUAAAGAGUGGGAGGUGAGCUUUUAGGAAUGCUCCAAAGGAAAUGUGGUUAUAUCUCAAAUCUGAAAGCCUAUACAUAAUCUGUAGUGUUAAUCAGGACGUAUACUCCCAACCAUUUCUGGCUCAUUUGGGACAUCAUAAACUGAGCCCAAAUGUACUGUAUCACAUUAUGCCUGUUACAAGAUCAUUUCUGUUCAACUCCAAAUUGCAAUUUGUGUCCUAAAAAAAUGUUUCAAAAAUCAGUGUUGGAUAAAGGUGUGAUAAGUCAAUACAGCAAUGUCACCAAUAUGCCAGUUGAUACCUAAUGACAUCAGAACGGAUUGACUGUGGAUAUGGUAACAAAAUAUUAACAGCCCAAUCCUAUGCAGAGUUUGCUAUGCCUGAUUUUGCAUUGGAUCAGCCUGUAAAUCAACUCUACGACGGGUUCAUCAUAAAGUGUAGUCAAACUGGGUAGUCUGUACCACCCUGAAAAUGAGUCAAAAAUGACCACCCCUUAGUUUCAUCCAACUGAGCUAGCUCCAUAAAUGCUAUGGGUCUGGGAGGAGCCCAGGGUACUCUUCUCAAGAAUCCUGUCCUUUCCCCAAGAAUCCUGUCCUGGGUGUUGCUUUUCUUCACUUUGUCUCAGGACUAUAUUAUGUUCAAGCAAAUGCUCCCACAUACAGACCAGGCUGUCUGUAGUACAUUGCCCUACAGCUUCUAAUCAAACAUUUGAGAAGAGAUAGCCGUUAAUGCCACAUGGAGGGAAGUUGCUGACCUUCUUAGCAAACUCUUUUUAUCCCCUUGGGUAUCUUAUGCAAGAACAAAUUGACUAGUCACAUACAGGAUAUUCAUGCUACAGUCUUGUAUUUUGGACUUGUAUAAUGUGCCAUUGGAGGUGGUCAGCAAGCAGCCACAAGAGGCACCUGGCACAAGUCAGGAACUCUGAAUGUGUCCGACUUCACUCCUAGCAAAUUCAUUUUGAAGGAUUUCUUGGUUCCACCUGUAGAGUUUCUUCUUCACCCCAGUGCUCAGCCCUCGGCAUGUUUGUGUAUUGGGCAUAGCUGGCCUAUGCAGUUCAAAGGUGGUUCCUAAAAGCAAGUCCAAACCGUGAUAACUUCUUGCUCUGGGAAUAUAAAAAAACUUUGUACCUCAACAGAAUGGCAGAGGUUGAGAGAUGGCCUUUCCCAGAAUCCACAACUGAGGGGUCAUCUGAAAACAUUCACCUGAAGAACUGGGGCACCCUGGGGACAAGAGAGAGGGAAAGGGUCAGAGUGCCUUUGAAUCUGAUCUACUAUGCUUUAUGGUCUGGUCUGAGUAGCAGGGCCUUGAAUCACCAAAGGGAUAUUUCUAGCUGUGGUGAAGAAAAAGCACUUGGGGUGGGCCUAGGAAAUCUUCCUAAUUUAAACACCACGAAGCAAUUAAACUCGGAAAGCACAUGCCUCAGAUGAAAUCUUACUGUACAGGAAAAAAGCACAGAUUGUAGUGACUUGUCUCAUAUACUUUGUAGCUGGCGUAACUAACCAUAUGCACCCUGUGUCAGCAGGAGAAUUCUGUUGUAUGGGAGAAAUAACUAUGAAAACCCAUAGCAGCCUGCAAUUAAAAGAACUUAUUCUUUACCAUG